GCGAGCUUUACCUCCAGUCUCGCGAGCCUUGGCGUGGCACUGGGCGGCUGGCCCCAGCCCUGAGGAGGUGGCGUUCCGUUGGUGACGUUGGGCUCCGGCGGCGCCGGCAGGGCGUUCUCCUGCGCUGACCCGGAGCUGUGCGGCCAGCUCCCGCCGCCGCCGCCGAGCUCGCGAUGGGCGCCCAGGACCGACCGCAAUGCCACUUCGACAUCGAGAUCAACCGGGAACCGGUUGGUCGAAUUAUGUUUCAGCUCUUCUCAGACAUAUGUCCAAAAACAUGCAAAAACUUCCUAUGCCUGUGCUCAGGAGAGAAAGGCCUUGGGAAAACAACUGGGAAGAAGUUAUGUUAUAAAGGUUCUACAUUCCACCGUGUGGUUAAAAACUUUAUGAUUCAGGGUGGGGACUUCAGUGAAGGUAACGGAAAAGGUGGAGAAUCAAUUUAUGGUGGAUACUUUAAAGAUGAAAACUUUAUUCUCAAACAUGACAGAGCGUUCCUUUUGUCAAUGGCAAAUCGAGGGAAACAUACCAAUGGUUCCCAGUUUUUCAUAACUACAAAGCCUGCUCCACACCUGGAUGGGGUUCAUGUUGUGUUUGGACUGGUUAUUUCCGGUUUUGAAGUAAUUGAACAGAUUGAAAAUCUGAAAACUGAUGCUGCAAGCAGACCUUAUGCAGAUGUCCGAGUUAUUGACUGUGGGGUGCUUGCCACAAAGUUGACAAAAGAUGUUUUUGAGAAAAAAAGGAAGAAGCCAACACAUUCGGAAGACUCGGAUUCUUCUUCCAGUUCCUCUUCCUCUUCAGAAUCAUCCUCAGAAAGUGGAGUUGAGCAAGAGAGAAUCAGAAGGAAGAGACACAAGAGAAGGCCCAAAGUCAGACACACUAAAAAGAGACGGAAGGAGAUGAGCUGUUCAGAGGAGCCCAGGAGGAAGCGCACAGUGAGCCCUGAAGGUUAUUCUGAGAGGAGUGAUGUGAAUGAGAAAAGAUCAAGUGAUUCAAAUGCUAAAAGAGAAAAGCCAGUUGUCCGUCCGGAAGAGAUUCCUCCAGUUCCUGAGAACCGAUUUCUACUUAGAAGAGAUAUGCCUGCUGUCACAGUGGAGCCUGAACCGAACAUUCCAGAUGUCGCACCUGCUCCGAGUGAUCAGAAACCAUCUGUGUCAAAGUCUGGACGGAAAAUUAGAGGAAGAGGCACAAUUCGCUAUCACACACCUCCACGGUCAAGAUCUCAUUCUGAGUCUGAAGAUGAUGACAGCAGUGAGACUCCUCCUCACUGGAAGGAGGAGAUGCAGAGACUGAGAACUUACAGGCCACCAAGUGGAGAAAAGUGGAGCAAAGGAGACAAGCUAAGUGAUCCCUGUUCAAGCCGAUGGGAUGAAAGAAGCUUGUCCCAGAGAUCCAGAUCAUGGUCCUAUAAUGGAUACUAUUCGGAUCUUAGUACAGCAAGACACUCUGAUGGUCACCACAAGAAACGCAGAAAGGAAAAGAAGUUUAAGCAUAAAAAAAAAGCUAAAAAGCAGAAGCAUUGCAGAAGACACAGACAGACAAAGAAGAAAAGAUUAGUAAUGCCACCUGACUUGGAACCCUCAAGAUCUGCCACCCACCGAACGAAGUCCUCUUGUGACAGAGGAAGGAGACCCCGUGCCUCCUCCUCCUCCUCUCUCCACUCCUCAGAGCGGGCCUGGUCUAGAUCAGACAAGGACGACCGGAGUUCCUCAGCCCACUCCAGCAGAGACUCCUAUAGAUCCAAGUCUCAUUCACCAUUGGAUUCUAGAGGGAGCUCUAGAUCAAGGGCUGUGUCAAAGUCCUCAUCGCAUUCUCACGACAGAUCCCAGUCCAGAUCUAGUUCCAGGUCAGAACCCCGGAGGACAGCAUCAAACUCACCAAAACAGCCUGCUCCGUUGAGUGAAAAUAAGCCAGUUAAGGCAGAACCUUUAAGAUCAUCGAUGCCACAGAAUGGAAAUGUGCUGGUACAGCCAGUGGCAGCAGAAAACAUUCCUGUAAUACCGUUGAGUGACAGCCCUCCCCCUUCUAGAUGGAAGCCUGGGCAGAAGCCCUGGAAGCCCUCCUAUGAGCGAAUUCAGGAGAUGAAGGCUAAAACAACUCACUUGCUGCCUGUUCAAAGUACAUACAGUUUAACAAAUAUUAAAGAAACUGGGAGUUCAUCAUCCUAUCACAAAAGAGAAAAAAAUUCAGAAAGCGAUGGGAGCGCUUAUUCAAAGUACAGUGACAGAAGUUCUGGGAGCUCAGUAAGGUCAGGGGGCAAGUCUUCUAGGAGCCGGUCAUACUCUAGGUCAUACACAAGGUCAAGAUCACAGAGUCCACGUACUUCACAAUCACGAUCUAGGUCUCCAUCAUCUAGGUCUCACUCACAAACGAAGUAUAGUGAUGGUUCCCACCGCAGCAGGUCAUCUUCAUACACUUCGGUCAGCAGUGAUGGGGGAAGUCGAGCCACAAGGAGGACGUUUAGAUCCCAUGGGAAAAAAAGUAUCACUUCAAAUAAAAGACACCACAGCAGCUCAAAGAAGAUACUUCACAGUAAAUAUGUCAAAGGCAGAGAGAAGUCUUCAUGUCACAGAAAGUAUAGUGAAAGUAGAUCAUCUGUGGAUUAUUCUUCGGACAGUGAACAGUCACAUGUUGAGUUAGUGCACUCGGCCCUCGAGAAGGAGAAGCAGGGGAAAAGCAAAGAAGAAGGAAAGGGCAAGCCAGAAUGGGAGAAGAGGCCUUUGAGAGAGAGUCUGUCUGAUCACUCUAGAGAUGGCAGUCGGUCCAAAGGGAAGAACUGUGCUGGGAGCAAAUGGGACUCUGAAUCAAACUCUGAACAAGAUGUGACUAAGAGCAAGAAAAGUGAUCCCCAGAGAUGUUCUGAUAAGGAGGAGGGCGAAGCCUCUUCCGACUCUGAGUCAGAAGUUGGCCAGAGUCACAUCAAAGCUAAACCCCCAACAAGGCCUUCAGCAAACACUUCUCUGCCUGACAGUAAUGGUGCCUGGAAGUCUAGGAGACCACAGUCUUCAGCUUCUGAGUCAGAGGGCUCCUGCUCCAACUUGGGAAAUGUUAGAGCAGAGCCCCAGAAACAGAAAUGCCCAAAGGAUAGUCUUAAAGGGGAUCACACAAAAAAAGUGAGAGAGAAAUUGAAAGCCAAAAAAGACAAAAAACACAAGGCUCCAAAGCGGAAGCAAGCCUUUCACUGGCAGCCUCCACUGGAGUUUGGUGAUGAGGAGGAGGAGGAGAUGAAUGGAAAGCAAGUUACACAGGAGCCAGAAGGAAAAAAGCACAUCUCUGAGAAGUGUGAAACUGUGAACGACAGUAUUCCAAAAAUAGAGAAACCCUGUGAUGAAGGCAGUGGUCCCAGUAACCCUAAGAAGGGUACUUCAGAGCACAACCCACUUGCGGAGGGGGAUCGCCAUCCCAGCUCUUGCCCUGCACCUCUGACAGUGGAGGAGAAUACCACCAGCUCUCCUCCUGGCGCCCAGCACAUUGAAGAGCGUGUCCCAGCUGGAGGGGUGGAUGUGCUUCAGACAGAUGACAACAUGGAGAUUUGUACCCCUGAUAGGAGUUCCCCUGCAAAAGGAGAGGGGGUGUCCCCAUUAGCAAACCGCAAGCUGGACAGCCCAGAGGGGAGCAUUAUUCCAGAGCAGGUUGAGCACAUAGCACAGCCCAGAGCAGAAGGGAAACAAGAAAACAUUGUGUCUAAGAGUAAAACCUCAAGUGAAGGUGGGAAACAGGACAGCUCUGCCAGUUUGGCCAGUCCUGUAGAAAUUUCUGGAAAGAAGGAGGGGGCUGAGAAAAGCCAGAUGAACCUCACAGAUAAGUGGAAGCCAUUGCAAGGUGUAGGAAAUCUGAUGCCUACUGCAGCCAUGUCCAGUGCUCUGGAUGUGAAGCCAUUGGCUCCUGUUAUUGAAGUGAAACCACAAGGCUUGAGAAUAGAAAUCAAAAGCAAAAAUAAAGUUCGGCCCGGGUCUCUCUUUGAUGAAGUAAGAAAGACGGCACGCUUAAACCGGAGGCCACGGAAUCAAGAGAGUUCCAGUGAUGAGCAGACACCUAGUCGGGAUGGUAAUAGCCAGUCCAGGAGUCCACACAGAUCUCGAAGUAAAUCUGAAACCAAAUCUCGACACAGAACAAGGUCUGUCUCCUAUAGUCACUCGAGAAGUCGAUCCAGGAGUUCCACGUCAUCUUACCGAUCAAGGAGCUACUCCAGAAGUCGGAGCAGAGGCUGGUACAGCAGAGGCCGGACCCGCAGCCGGAGCAGUUCCUAUGGAAGUUUCCGUAGCCAUAGGACAUCCAGCAGGAGCAGGUCCAGGAGCAGCUCCUAUGACCCCCACAGUCGCUCCAGUAGAUCCUACACUUAUGAUAGCUACUACAGCCGGAGUCGCAGCCACAGCCGCAGCCAGAGGAGUGACAGUUACCAUCGAGGGAGAAGUUACAACAGGCGGUCCAGGAGCGGUAGAUCCUAUGGCUCGGACAGCGAAAGUGACAGAAGUUACUCUCGUCACCGGAGCCCCAGCGAGAGCAGCAGAUACAGCUGAGGCCUCCUUGUACAGAGACUGUAUCUUAACUGUAAAUACCUGGUAACUUAAAGCUGGAGAAACUGGAUGGCCGUCUGUUGUGUGUCAGUAUUAGAGCUCAAAUCCAACAGUGGAUAUUUCUUGUCACUUAUUUACAUGUGUGCAGAAAAAUUUAAAAGUACAGAUGUCAACUACAAAUAUUUUUAUGCCCCAUUUUACAAUAGACAACUAUGGAAUUUUCAUUUUCUUGAAUCAAGAACUGGUGGAAUUGACGUAGGUAUCAUUUGCAGUGUUACUUUAGAUGGAAUGUUUUUGUAGCUCACACAGUCCAUAGAAUUCAGGUCAGUGCUUUCAGGUUUUAGCAUCCAUGCUGCCAAACAGAAUUGUGGAGAGCUGUCACAGCUACACGUUCCUAUGUCCCCAUGCUGGUUAUAGUCUUGUUUGUGUGUGCUGUCAAAUCAGGCCAUCCACAUCGUAUUGACUAUGGCCAGUCGUGCAGGGUGGUGGCUCAUGCUACCGUGUCUGCCUUUCCACAGAGACUGCCACCUCGGUGCUUGGUGCCUUUGGUUCCUCCUGUACCUUACUUCAUACACUACGUGUCCUGAUGCCAGAAGAUAGAAUCAUGACUUUUUUUUUUUAAUUCACUGGCACCAAAAAUUACUUCUUCUGAGCUGGGCUCACUGUGAGUGUAGGGCUUCCCAACAGUUAUGUGGUGGCAGUCUCUUGGACAGAGCCUGCACGGUUGGCCAUCUUGUUUUGCACCCGUGUGCUAGAAGAGCCAACUGGAGAGUGGACUUUGAGAAGCAGCUCCACAGUCUUUAGUUAGCACACCCAGAGACUUUAGCAACAACCAGCCUUUCCCUAUUGUGUUGAGACCCCCACUGACUCUGUGAAGCCCUGCCUGACCAGAGGAAACCCAGGACAAGAUUUGGGGGCAGAAGGAUCACAAGCUGCUGCACAGAGAGAUGUUCCUGUGGCUUUGCGUGGUUCCUCCAAAAAUAAUUUAACCUGUAAAAACUAGUUUGAGUUUGUUUUACUCUUUACUUUGCAUUCUUUCCCCAAGUGUACUUAAUCACCUUAGUGCCGGUUUAAUCCUGUUCACAGAAAGAAUUCCUGUUGUCCAUACCAUCCAAUCCCAGGCCUUGCUGGUGAAUUUGGCAAGAAGAUUCCUGGCCUGAUGGAGGGAGGCACUGAAUUAUGAAAAUGGUCUUCCAGGGCAUGUGGCUCAGUGUACUAGCAUGUGCUUGACAUGUAAUGACGCUCUGGGGUCAGUGACCAGCACUCCAAAACUAAAUCAUGCUGUCACUCUUAGGAGGUGGCCAGCGUUGUUCAACAUGCCAGUAAGUGUAAGUUCAUCAGGAGACAGAGUAACAUCAGCAGUCAGUGCUUGGCUAGUGAAAGUUAAACAUGUGGUUUAUAGUGGGAUUUUUUUCUAAAAGUUUCCUACGAAAAAGGAUGUUUGAAUGUACUAGGUUGGUGGGAAGAAUGCAUUCAGAACCCAAACAAACUGCCAAAUGGAGUUAGUAAGGAAGGGUCACUGUUGAGCAAUGUCAUAUUGUUUUGUAGCUGUGUGACAAACUCCAAGUCCCACAGCCUAGACCAGUGCCCGGGCACCAUUGAUUCUCAACUUGAGGUACAGCCAUGGCUAGGCAUGGUGGGGCUGACUUCACUGCUCAGAGUCUCAGGACUGUGGCUGAGAGCUGGAAGGCGCAUCCCUCAUGAAGACUCUGAAAAGGACUAACUUUCUUGUGGGCUCCUUUGAGGCUGCCCACAUCCCUGCCCCAGGCCUUGCUGUCUUCAGCCAGCAGGGAUCCUUUGUCUUUCUUCAAAACUUCUGCCUUCCUCCUGUGUAAAGGGUCCAUAUGACUAGAUCAAACCAGAUCAGAGAUCAGUCUCCAUCUGCAGUCCAGUGGUCAAAGGAGUUGUGGGCAUUGGCAGGUUCUGGGGGUUGGCAUGGGAAGGGGCAGGGCAUGCCACCUACUGCCGCCACGGACAGGGCUUAACCUAUCCAGGCAGCUCUCAUCUUCAGCAGUGUGGGCCUGGCUGUUUACAUUCAAGUGAACUACAAAAAUGGCUUUUCUUCCUAACCAGAAUCAUUCUGUAUUUUUGAAGUUAUUUUUUUAAUAAAAUUGAAUUACGUUGUGUAAUGUGCUUAAUAGAAAAUGCUUUAUUGGACAGUUUUGUAACAUCCUGUUUACUGCAAAUGGCAUAGUUGAUAUUGUCAAAAAUGUAGAAAAGACUUUUGUACAUACUAGCAGUGUCUAAUUUGUAUAUACAUCGAUUUAAUUUCCCUACAACUCAAAAAGGAUCUUGUAGAAAUGAAAAUACAUGCUAACUUUGAGUCUG